UCGGCCCCUUUCUUUGUUGAGAACAUCGGGACAGAGAGUGAAGGAGAGGGAUAGAGAGACUGAUCUGCUAAGGUGAGCAAGCUACUGCUAUGGCGAGUUCAGAUCCAGGAACGUUGUCGGGAAGUGAGUAUCAAGUAUUUUUGAGUUUUAGAGGACCCGACACCCGCGCUGGAUUCACUGACGUCCUCUUCCAUAGCUUGAUUGAUGCUGGAAUCUUUGCCUUCCGAGAUGAUGAAGAGCUCCGUGUCGGUGAGAGGAUCGAUGGCUCACUCCAGCGAGCAAUUGACAAUUCCAAGAUCUACAUACCCAUCUUCUCUCGUACAUAUGCUUCAAGCCAAUGGUGCCUAUGCAAGCUUGCCCAAAUCAUGUCAAACACCUCCAAAUCGGAAGGCAAUAAAGAGAUGUUACCUAUUUUCUUCGAUGUGGACCCUGAUGAUGUUAAGUUGAAAACCCCGUUGUAUCUUGAUGCCAUACUUACUUUGAAGCAAGAGAAGAAGUUGAGAAAUGAGCAAGUAGAUGCUUGGAAAGAGGCUCUCAUACAAGUUAAAGCGGUAAAGGGGUGGGAGGUGAAGAAAUACAAAGGCUAUGGAGAAUUGAUCAAAUUGGUAGUUGAAGAGGUUGUGGAAAAGUUGAAGACAAAACAUAGAUUGGUGACCGAACAUUUAGUUGGAAUCGAUGAUCAAGUAGAAGCCAUAAGCAAAUUAUUAGACGUUAAUUCCAAUGGUGUGCGACUCAUUAAAAUAUAUGGUAUGGGGGGUAUCGGUAAAACAACUCUUGCCAAGGUCGUCUUCAACCAACUAUCAUCUCAUUUUAAAAAGUGUUGUUGUUUCCUUGAAGAUGUUCGAGAGAAGUCAUCAAGAAUUGAUGGCAUACUUGGCUUACAAAAAAAGUUAUUAUCCGAAAUCAGCAACCCUACAGGAACAAGGAGCAUUGACGAAAUCGAUUAUGGAAUGAGGAGGACUGGAGAAGCACUUUGCAAUAAGAAAGUAUUCAUUGUACUUGAUGAUGUUGAUAACAACGAACAAGUGGAGAAGUUAGUUGGAAAAAUUACUUUCUAUUCGGGAUCGAGAGUAUUAAUUACAACUAGAAAUAAAGAUGUUUUGCAAAUCAACAAGUUGAAGUGUCAAAUUUUAGAUUAUGAAAUGGAGGUGAUAAGUACUAAUCAUGCACUUGAGCUUUUCAGUAGGCAUGCAUUUAAUAGAAACUCUCCUUCAGAUGAUUACAAUGAUCUUUCAAGAGAAAUCGUAUAUGCUAUUGGGAGACUUCCAUUGGCUCUUGAAGUAAUUGGUUCAUAUCUCCACCACAAAACGCAAGAACUGUGGAAAGAGACAUUGGACAGGUUAAGAAAAGCGCCUCACAAAGAUGUUUUUGGAAAGUUGAAGAUCAGCUAUGAUGCCUUAAGCUUUGAGCAUCAACAAAUUUUUCUUGAUAUUGCAUGCUUUUUCAUUGGUGAAGAUAAGGCGAAUGCAACUUACAUGUGGAAAGAUUGUGAGUUUUUCCCAAAUACUGGAAUUGCUAUCCUCAUUAGCAUGUCUUUGAUAAAGAUUUUGGAGAACAAUAAGUUUUGGAUGCACGAUCAACUCAGAGAUCUUGGAAGGGAAAUUGUUUGUCUAGAAAAUCCAAUAAAUCCUGAAGAGCGGAGUAGGAUUUGGAUUCGGGAGGAGGUCCUUGAUGCAACUAGAACAAAUGAGAUAAACAAGAAGGUUCAAGCACUAUAUCUUGACACAUCUGCCCAUGGAGUUGUGGUUCAAAGUAAAGAGAUUGGAAGGUUUGAACAUCUAAGAUUCCUUAAAUUAUCUCGAUUAAGCCUUGUUGGGGAGACAAUGAGUCAUCUUACCAAAUUAAGAUGGAUUUCUUUGAGGAGAAUCUAUAAAUGGACCAACAUGUACCUAAAGAAUGUAGUAGUUCUUGAAUUUUCAGCAAUUGAUCUCUUAGAUGAUUCAAGAUUACAAAACAUAAUGAAGAUGGCAAGAAAAUUGAAAGUUCUUUCUCUUGAAAGUUGUGGUAGCAUAAUUAGAACACCAGACUUCUCUGAAUGCCCACAUUUAGAGAGACUUACUUUUGAAUGGUGUUCCAAUUUGAGAAAAAUCGAUGGCUCUAUUGGGAAGUUGAAGCAUCUAAUUGACUUGAAGAUUGAAAACUGCCAUUCUCUUGAGCAUCUGCCUGAAGAAAUUGGGGACCUAGUUAGUCUACAAUACUUCUUUGUAGAUUCUUACAAAAUAAAGAAAAUCCCAUAUUCCAUAUGGAAGUUGAAAUCAUUACAUGAGGUGCACUUUUCAAAUAACUUUGAUGGAUUAGAUUCAACAAAUUCGUGGGACUUGCCUAAUGCUAUUGGAUUGCUUCCGAAUCUGGAAGUGCUUCAAAUCAAUAGUCGCAAUUUAAAAGGUCAAUUUCCUUCUGGAAUUGAAAAUUUGCCCAUUCUAAGAAUUCUAAGUCUAUCAAAAACUUGUGUUAGUGAAGUUCCAGGAGCCAUUAGCAUGCUUCCUUGCCUGGAAAGAAUUGAGUUGAUGGAAUGUGAUGAGAUUCAAGAGUUGCCAACACUCCCUACAAGUUUAACCUAUCUAGGAGUAUCAUCUGCAUCGUUGCAAGUUGUCCCAAAUCUCUCAAAUUUGACUAAUUUGGUUGAGUUGGAUCUAGAUGAUCGUGGAGGAGUAGGAGAUAAACUUUGUACCGGUGAGUUAUGGUGGAUUGGGAGGUUGUCCAAACUAACCAAAUUGAGUUACGGACUUCACAAUGUCCUUGUUCCCACCGAACUAGCCUCCCUUCAUCUGCUAAAUGAACUUGCUUUGUUUGGAUUGGACCAACAAACCAUUCCACAACUUCCCUUAUCUCUGCAAAAGUUAAGCCUUGACAAUUUCAAUUUCAUUGCGCCCUCUCAGAACCUAGAAAAUUUGUCAUGUUUAGAGCUCUAUUGCUCUCCAAUGCUAGAAUUUCAACUUGACGGGCUUCGACUUCCACAUCUAAAGGAGUUGCUUGUGCAAUAUUGUUUACUUCUCGAGAGAUUGAAGCUAUCAAGAAUGAGGAAGCUGAAAGAUGUCAAGGUGGAUCAUUGUUCAGAGUUAGUUGAGAUCCAAUUUUCUUGGGUGUUUGAAUCUUUGGAGGCAUUGUCUAUGACAUCCGGCGAGUCCUUUGAAAGGCUAGUUUAUGAGUCUGCUAAUGAGUCAAUUCGUUGUGAAGGGAGACUAAUUUUUCCAUCGAGAGCCUUAAAUAACUUGCGUGCUCUCACACUGGAUGAUUGCCCUAAGAUACUCGACAUUCAAGUUGUUGGUGUGUCAGAAUCAUGGGAACACUUUGAACUUUUCAAUUGUCCCUCAUUGCAAAGUAUUGGUGGUUUAUCAAACUUAAAGAACCUGAAGUCUCUAAACAUCCAGCAGUGCAAUAAGCUACAGGUUGUCGAGGGCAUCGACCAGUUGGAGUUUUUAGGCCAAUUACUACUUUAUCAAUGCCUAUCAUUAGAAAAAUUGAUUGAUAUAUCAACCACCAGACUGCCGAAUGAUUGCAACGUAAGUAUCGCCAAUUGUAGGAGACUACUACAUGGGGUUAACAAAGAAUUCGAAGGCCCCGUCGAGUCUUUAAAGCAUUAUAAGGAAUCAUGCUUCGAUUGGAUUUGGACAUGUUUUGAAGGCAUGUGGAAUUUUCAAAGAUAACUCGCGUGACGAUUGUUAGCACUUACGGACGGGCAAGCAUAUUAUUAUAGAGGGGUCAAUGCACUGAAGAGUCCAAAAGUUUCUGAGAAUGAUUUCAAAUACCAAGACAUCAAGUUAGGAUGCAGAAACUUGUCAAGCUUAUCUUAACAUAAAUCUCUGCCCUCUCACUCCGCAAAUCACUUGAAGAUCCAUGCUUUUUUUCGGCCUCGCCUUCUGUUCCUGGAACAAGUGACACAGUUGAGCAUUCUGAGUGUAUGUUGCCACAAGAAUAUUUGGCUUCCCCCACCAUUUCUUCCCUGUUACUCUGCUCUUCACGCAAAGUGGAAUUCAGACUUUUGACGAUAGACAAAUCUUUUCUUGGAAUCUCUGGAGUCAUACUUAAAUUUCUAUGAACCAUGGGCUGCACAUGUACUUCUCUUGGUACAGUCUAAUCUGAUGAAUAACCUUGCGGAUCCGAUUCUUGAGUACACAUGCUGUUUGACCUUUCCAGUGAAGAUUGUUCUUGGAUUGGAUUUGUAGAGGCUGCAGACUUUGGCACCCAGUCAUUUAUUCUUGGGUUUGGCAAAGAAGUUGAAGUUACAGAAGUUUCUACCUGAAUCUUUGGUGUACCAACACUGCAGUUAGAUUGAACAUUAUCAACGAUAGCAUUAUCCUCACAGUCAGGAAUUGCCUCAGUAUGUUGAAAAUAUAAUCUCAUUUAUCAAGGAAUAAUCCCAGAUGGAUACAUUAUGAAGCUGUUUUACUCAUUAAAGUCAAAGGAGAAAGAAAAGCUUUUCUUGGAAUUUCCUUCACCAGGUGGUUCUGCUUCAUUUCUGCCCUUGUUGUUUGAAGAUUUCUUAGAUAGGCAGGAGUAAUCAAGAUCUGGCAUGUCCACUUUGAGUGAUGAUAAUAAGUCAAAAUCUUGCAGGUUAAAAUCAACAUCCCUGAACAAGGUUUUACAACAUUUCAUCAACAGAAAGCAGAGAAACAAUUGAGCUUGUAAACAAGCAUUCAUGCAUCUUCCCUGUCAUCCCCCAUUUGAUGAUAUUUAAAGUGGUUGAAUGAUAUGUAAAGCAUCACUCACUUAAUUACCACCGGCAUUGUUCUCCACAGAGAGGUAAUUGUGCAGGGGUGAAUAUACGUAAUCAACACAAGUUUGAAGAUAAAAUGUAGUUAUAUUCCACAUCCAUACUAUUUUA